AUGGAGAGAACUUGCUUUGCUCUUUUGCGUGUAGUGUUGUUAGUGCAUUGUCUUUUGGCUUGUUUAGCUGGGAGUGUUGCCAACAUUACUAGUGACCAAUCUUCUCUUCUUGCCUUGAAAUCCCACAUAACGUUUAACUCUCGUGGUGUCUUGGCUAACAAUUGGUCCACAACUACCUCAAUUUGUAACUGGAUUGGGGUCACUUGCGGCACUCGCCACCUACGAGUGACAUCCUUGAAUAUUUCUAACCUGGCUCUUGAAGGUACAAUUCCACCAAACCUAGGUAACCUCUCAUUUCUCGUUUCCCUCGACCUUAGUACCAACAAUUUCAGUGGUCAUCUGCCCCAUGAAUUAUCUCAUCUGCGUCGAUUGAAAUUCAUGAAUUUGGAAGUUAACAAAUUUAGUGGACAGCUUCCACCUUCCCUCUCCAACAUAUCAAUGUUAGAACACUUGGAUUUAUCUUCCAAUUUUCUACAUGGAAUGAUUCCACAAGAGGUUGGUAAUCUUCAUCACCUGAAGAUUCUAAACAUGCAAUAUAACCAGUUUGUAGGCAAUGUGCCACUAACCAUCUUCAAUAUCUCGUCGCUGCAAGCAAUUGGUUUUACGAGCAAUAGCUUAUCUGGUAAUCUUCCAAUGGAUAUGUGCCGUCGUCUUUCAAACCUCCAAUUGCUUUAUCUAUCUCUGAAUGAGUUACAUGGCGAAAUUCCAUCAAGUUUAUAUGAGUGCUCAGAACUUCAAAGUUUGUCACUAUCAUUUAACAAAUUCAAUGGACCCAUUCGUAAAGGGAUUUGGAAUUUAACUGUGCUCAGGCAGUUAUAUCUUGGAUAUAACAACUUGGAAGGUGAAAUUCCGGAGGACAUGGGUAACCUUCGUAAUUUGGAGGAUUUAUCUAUACCGAUUGCCCGCCUCUUUGGUCGCAUUCCAUCAUCCAUAUUUAACAUUACUUCUUUGAAACAGAUUUCAUUUUAUGCGAACAACUUGACUGUUGCGAUCAAGAACCAUGAUCGGAGAAGGAAGUACGCGCCAGUAAGGAGAGAAUCGAAGCGAUCAGUAUGA